UAUUUCUGUCCCAAGAUUUCCUUCCCUUGCUUAUAUACCAAGUGUCUUCUUAUAUGAUCUUUCUCCCAACUUAAACUUGAAAGAGGACUGAAACUUAGCUUUUCUGAUCGUAUGUAUCCAACAUGCUACCGGCUUCUCUACGAGAGGCUCUACUAGGCCUAGGAUUGGGUCUCUCCCUCGUUACAGAUCCGGUAGUUCAGCUCGGUGAAAGUGGCAUUUCAUACAAAGGAACUACCAGAAACUCUAUAGAACACUUCCAAAACAUCAAGUUUGCCCAUGAUGCCUCUGGUGCGCGGCGCUUUGCCCCUCCUGAGCCAUAUACCCCCCCUGAUGGAAGCGAGAUCGAUGCCACGACACCUGGGCCGGCAUGUCCACAGUCCAAACCUGGUAUACCGCCCUUUUUUGCGGAGACCCCAGAGAUUAGCGAAGACUGUCUGCACCUACGUAUCGCAAGACCAGCAGGCACGACGAAAGAGAGCCGUCUCCCUGUGGUUGUAUGGCUUCAUGGUGGUGGGGUGGUUAAGGGCUCUGCGUAUGAUCCUCACUUUGACCCCGACAAUCUUAUAAAGCUCUCAACAUCUAUCAAAAAGCCGAUCAUUUAUGUUUCACUCAACUAUCGCCUGUCUAUCUUUGGUUUCGCAAACCUUCCGACUUUACAUGACGAGAAAUCGCUUAAUGUUGGUAUGCGAGAUCAACGCGCCGGCUUCCAGUGGAUAAAGGACAAUAUCGCUUCGUUCGGCGGCGACCCAGAUAAUAUUACAGCCUUUGGAUUGAGUUCUGGUGGAACCUUCAUAUCGCUUCAUGCAUUGGCUUAUGGAGGCGAGAAGGGUACACCAUUCACAAAAGGUUGGGCCAUGUCCGGACCGCCUGGUACAGCACUCAAUAUCACUAGCGAUGCAAGUCAAGUACACACGAUCGCCGUCGCUAAAGAAUUAGGAUGUCCUACAGAAGACGGGAGAAAUACCUUGAAGUGUUUAAGGGAGAUUCCGAUGGAGAAGCUUAUAGAGACGGCCAUGGGCUACUCGAGGGCGAAUCAUCCUCCGGCCGGACUAUUCACAUUCAUUCCCCUGAUUGAUGGGGACUUUAUACCGGAUCGCCAUACAGUGCUUUACAAAGCAGGAAGAUUCACCAAAGAUAUCCCAAUGGUUUUCGGCUGGACCCAAGACGACGGUGCUAUGAAUGCCGGCCCCGCUGCGUCGUUCCAGAGCGAAGAAGACAUCAAAACACCUAUCAAGACUUUCGCACAUGCACUAACCACUACGGAUUAUGAGGAUCUUUUCUCUUUAUAUCCCGCGUCCGAUUUUGAAGAAGACGUCCGGAACUACGAGGCUUCGAAAGCUGAAUCCGAUCCCACCGUGUCGGUUCACUUCUUUCGGGCAUCGCGCAUCUUGCGAGACAUCUUGUUCACAUGCUCCUCAAUUGACUUUGGCUAUGAGAUGUCUAGGCAAUCCAAAGCUCCUAGUUUCUCUGGCGUCCGUCUCUAUGACUUGAAUCAGAGCAUGCUCACUCCUAUGUUUAAGAGCGUCGGUAUGCCAUACAUUAGGGUUGCUCACGGCAGCGACACCAAUUACAUUUUCAACGGGGUUUUCCCCGAAGGUACUAUUUCGGAAGAAGACCAGAAACUGUCGCAUUCUAUCGCUACCGCAUUCAUCAACUUCGCGUACACUGGCGACCCCACCUCAGCCGACGACGACCAUUUCAGCUCUUGGCCAGAGGCAUUUCCAUAUUCUACGAAACUAGAUAUCUCCACGGACUCGGCUCCAUAUAGCUUCAACGUGCAUGUUAUCGGUGGACCUUUAGGGUCUGGAUCGUCUCAAGUAGGCGCGGAUAGUCCCAAUGCAAGGUACGUUGCCGGACAAGGGGACGAUGGGUUCCAACAGCCGCUCGUAGACAGCGUCAACUACGCGGAGAUGGAAACAAAGAGUUCGCAGAUAAGGAAACGAGAGAUUGACCGCGAAAGGCUGCUUGAGCGUUGUGCGUUUAUCAGCACGCUUUCGGAGAAACUUGGAGUCUAGGUAUUGUGAAGAAAGGCAAUGUAAAUAGGAAUUAGGGGGGUUAGAAACAGCUUGGGAAUAAAGUUUGGUGCUAUCGCACAUGAUAGAAACGACGAUUCUUCCACGCUCACAUUAAU